UAGUUGCCUUUUGUUGGUGGCCUGUCUUAGUGAGUGAGAAAGUCGCGUUCAAUUCCAGACGCCAUCGUGUUCUUACAAUUUAAGAGUUAAGGGGGCUAUUCCCAGUUCGCCGUGUUAGUUCGAAAUAUUCAACGAAGAUUUUGGAAAAUGACAAAUGAAAAUGGCAGGAAUUCUACCCCACCGCCGGGAGUCGAUGGAGAGGAAGAACCAGUUUUAAAAUACCCUAGGCUGGAUCUUGCAAGUGAUGGAGGACUGAGUGACUAUCUUCCUGGACCAGUAAAAGAUUUGGACCAAACAGGACCCUUAACAGCUGCAGGAUCGGGCGCCCGGCGAGAUAUGUAUGGUUCCACUCCUCCCCAGUUAACUGGCGAACAAGCAGAAGCUGUCAGCCGAGCAAAACGGUAUGCCAUGGAACAAAGUAUCAAAAUGGUCUUAAUGAAACAGACGUUGGCACACCAACAACAGCAAGCAAAAUCCUUACAACGCCACCAAGCUUUAGUUCUGAUGUGCAGAGUUUACGUUGGAAGCAUAAGUUUCGAACUACGCGAAGACACUGUUCGACAGUCUUUCCAUCCAUUUGGGCCGAUCAAAUCGAUCACCAUGUCGUGGGAUCCCAUAACGCAGAAGCACAAAGGGUUCGCUUUCGUUGAGUAUGAACUUCCGGAGGCUGCACAAUUAGCCUUGGAACAGAUGAAUGGCGUGGUAAUUGGGGGACGAAAUAUUAAGGUGGGUCGGCCGAGUAAUAUGCCUCAGGCACAACCAGUCAUUGACGAAAUUAUGGAGGAAUCUCGUCACUACAAUCGUAUAUUUAUAGCCUCUGUACAUCCAGAUUUGACUGAAGAAGAUAUCAAAAGUGUUUUCGAGGCUUUCGGAAAAAUUAAAAUGUGUCAACUAGCCCAAGGGCCAGCUCCCGGAAAACACCGAGGUUAUGGAUUCAUUGAAUACGAAACAACUCAGUCAGCUCAUGAUGCCAUAGCUUCUAUGAACAUGUUUGAUUUGGGCGGUCAACACCUACGGGUAGGCCGAGCAAUUACUCCUCCAAAUUCCUCAGUGAAUCCGAACGCACCUCCUCCAUCUGGACAACUUCCUACUCAAGCAGCUUUAGCAGCUGCCGCUGCUACAGCACGAAUUCAAGCUAUGGAUGCUGUCGCAGGGGCUUUGUCAGGAACUGGGGGGCUUCCUGGAUUAGCUGGCCUAUCUGCCCUUCUCAAUCCAACGUUGGCAACGGCUGCAGCAACACUAACUACCGCUCUAGGUUUAACAUCACCUGCCCUUGCCGCAGCUGCUGCUGCGGCGUCCAAUUUAGCAAUACCUCCACCAGGGUUGGCCAUCCCACAACUUGGUGCGCCAGCCUUACCUUUGCGACCCUCUGUGGUCUCGCCAGCUGGGUUAACAAGUCAGCACGUAGUUGCUAUACCACCGCCUACCGUGGUGACUCCAGUUUUAGCUGGUGGUGGUUUGGGCAAUACGACCCCUGUUCAACAAAUCCAGGCUCAGCAAACGUCAAUUACUAAUUCCCAUGAAAUUCUCCGUAAAGCCCAAGAAGAAGCAAAAGUUAAGCAGCAGCAGGAGGAAAUUAAGCAAAAAUUGUUAGAUGAAGUUGAACCGCAAACACUGCAACAGCAAGAAAAUAUUUCGAUCAAGGGACAAUCUGCACGUCACUUGGUCAUGCAAAAGUUGAUGCGCAAAGCAGACUCACGAGUCAUCAUCCUUCGUAAUAUGGUUGGUCCGGAAGAUGUUGAUGAAACUCUACAAGAAGAAAUCACUGAUGAAUGUUCAAAGUUUGGAAAUGUUGAGCGGGUGAUUAUUUAUCAAGAAAAACAAUCAGAAGAUGAUGAUGCAGAAAUAAUCGUUAAGAUUUUCGUUGAAUUCACAGCUGGAAGUGGGGCUGAAACAGCACGGGAUUCCUUGAAUGGCCGUUUUUUCGCCGGUCGCAUGGUUCGGUGCGAUAUUUACGACCAAGCUCUUUAUGAGUGUAACGAUCUUUCCGGAUGAAUCCCCUCGGUCUACGUAUCAUCUUCCGACCGCCUCAUUAUUUUAUGGCUUCUAAUCUGACUUUUUUUUGCUGCACUAACUCUUCCUAUUUUCUGUUGUUUCUGUGUGUAAUUAUGACUGCCUCUUGGUUCUGCGAAAGAAUUUCCCGAUAGGGAUUCUAUAAAAAAAACUAUGCUCUUGUUUUCCGAUAGGGAUUCUGUCUAGAUAACUGAUAUAGUACGCCGCCGACACCUUUUUUAUGAUACUGGUUUCAAUAGACUGCGUUAGCGGUAUAGGUAUUUUACACAAGUUCCGAGGAUGUUCAUAAAUGUUUUAUACGUUU